CGGCCACGUGGGCGCCGGCGGACGGAGUUGCGCAUGCGCAAUGCGCGAGUUGCGUCAGCCUCAUUGAACGAGGUGGAGAGGGCGAGAGGGAGAGGAGAGAGACGGGGAGAGAGAGACGAGGAGAGAGAGAAGGAGGUGGAGAGAGAGACGAGCGAGGAAGAACCGUGAAGAGGGACGACGAGGUUUUGAAGAAGAAGAAGAGGAGGCACCGUCGCCAUGGUGCUCGACCUGGACCUGUUCCGCGCGGACAAGGGGGGCGACCCGACGCGGGUCCGCGAGAAUCAGGCGCGGAGAUUUAAAGACGUGUGCCUGGUGGACACCCUGGUGCAGGCCGACACGCAGUGGCGCGCCUGCAGGUACCGCGCUGACAACCUAAACAAGCUCAAGAACCUGUGCAGCAAAACCAUCGGCGACAAGAUGAAGAAGAAGGAAGAUCCUGGGCAAGACGAGACUCUCCCCGAGGGGACGCCGGGCCUCGAUGAGCUCACGGCGGACACGUUGGCCGCGCUGUCGGUGGCGCAGAUCAAGGUGCUGCGCCUGCAGAUCGACAACGCGAUCGCGCUCUGCGAUACCGAGCGCCUGCGCCUGGAGGCCGUGCGCCUCGACAGCCUCCGUGAGGUUGGCAACAUCCUGCACCCCUCGGUGCCCGUGAGCAACGACGAGGACGCGGACAACAAGGUGGAGCGCACGUGGGGCGACGUCACCGUCCGCAAGCGCUACUCACACGUCGACCUAGUGGUGAUGGUGGACGGCUACGAGGGCGAGAAGGCGGCCAUCGUGUCGGGCAGCAGGGCCUACUUCCUCAAGGGCCCGCUGGUGUUCCUGGAGCAGGCGUUGAUCCAGCUGGCCCUGCAGCGUCUCUACAGCCAGGGCUACACGCCGCUCUACCCGCCCUUCUUCAUGCGCAAGGAGGUCAUGCAGGAGGUGGCCCAGCUCAGCCAGUUUGACGAAGAGCUCUACAAGGUGGUGGGCAAGGGCAGCGAGCACGCCGACGACAGCUCCGUCGACGAGAAGUACCUCAUCGCCACGUCAGAGCAGCCCAUCGCGGCCUUCCACCGCGACGAGUGGCUCAAGCCAGAGCAGCUCCCGAUGCGCUACGCGGGCCUCUCCUCCUGCUUCCGCCAGGAGGUCGGCUCGCACGGGCGCGAUACGCGCGGCAUCUUCCGCGUGCACCAGUUUGAGAAGAUCGAGCAGUUUGUUUACACGUCGCCCCACGACAACAAGUCCUGGGAGAUGUUUGACGAAAUGGUGAAGACGGCGGAGGGCUUCUAUCAAGAGCUGGGCAUCCCGUACCGCAUCGUGAACAUCGUGUCUGGGGCACUCAACCACGCAGCCGCCAAGAAGCUGGACUUGGAGGCAUGGUUCCCCGGCUCUGCCGCAUUCCGGGAGCUCGUGUCCUGCUCCAACUGCACCGACUAUCAGGCGCGGCGCCUGCGUGUACGCUACGGCCAAACCAAGAAAAUGAUGGACAAGGCGGAGUUUGUGCACAUGUUGAAUGCCACCAUGUGUGCCACGACGCGCACCAUCUGCGCCAUCCUGGAGACCUACCAGACCGAGACUGGCGUGGUGGUCCCCGAGGCUCUGCGGCCAUUCAUGCCUCCCGGGUUGAAGGAGGAGUUGAAGUUUGUGAAGUCGGCUCCCAUUGACCAGGAACAGAUCAAGAAGCAGAAGCGUGGAAAGGGAGACGGCCUAGCUGCCAACCUGGGCAACAUGGCCGUCAAUGACUCCUAGGCGGGCCUGAACUGCCACACUCAACUACUGCUUGCACUCCCGCAAACAUAUCUCUCACAUGGGUGUCACGCCUCCUCAACAAUGAUCGCAUGUAUUGCAGCGUCACGCUGUCGAUGAUUAAACUCGCGCGUCACCCUAGGAUUUGUGGCGUCGCGUGUGUCUGGAUGUGGGUACCUCUGUACACAUCUCCCAUUGCCUUCUAUUUAAACGUGGGAUGGCGCACAGAGAUAUUGAUGGCGGCAGCACGGACGCUCGAGUGGACGGGAUCGCGACACGAGCUCCUGCAUAGAUCGGUGGUUCCCGAUCUCUCAGAAUCAGAAUCUUUUAUUUGUCCUGGGGAAAUCCGAUGAGUUAUGAAGCUCUUUUUCACAGAUGUCCAGUAGGACCUGCUCACCACUGUCAAGCCCUCGG